AUGAAGUUUUAUAGUCUCGCGCUUCUCGUCCCCUUUGUCUCGGCAGCGUGUAUUCCAGACCAAGACCACAUUAGCAUCGAAUUCAUGAGGAGCACCUUCAGCGAGUAUGAGACUCAAGAGUUCUGCCUGGCUCCUGGAAGUUGUGUGAACAUGCAGAGUGUUCCUGAUAGCUGGGCUCAAAAGGCGAACUGGAUUAUCAUGAAGGGAAACACUUGCGUGACGUUCUACAAGUAG